AUGAAGGAGCUGUGCACUUUUACUAUUUCAUUCUUGCUUCUGAAGUUUUCUUUCAUCAUGUGGGGUUUGACUGAGCCCAGUUGCUUUUGGAGAAUAAAGAACAAUGGAGAUAACGAUGGAGAUUUGAGAACUGACUGUGGUUUUGUACUUUUCACACGACAGGAGCCUAUAGAAGAAAAUUUUUAUAAUGAGAUCGUGUAUUUUAGAAUACCAGCAAGAAGUUAUGAGUUUUUUUUGGUAAUGUUUUUUGCUACUGAUGAGAUCAACAAGAAUCCUUAUCUUUUACCCAACAUGUCUUUGAUAUUCUCCCUCAUUGUUGGCAUGUGUGAAGAUACAUUGGAAUAUGUGGAUACAAACUACUCAUUCAAAAGAAAUACUUUGAAUAUUGUUAAUUAUAACUGUUAUUUACGGGCCAGAUGUUAUAUACAACUUACAGGACCAUCAUGGAAAACUUCCUUAAAACUGACGAUUAAUUCUAGAAAACCAAAGGUUUUUUUUGGACCAUUUAAUCCUAACCUGAGUGACCGUGACCAGUUUCCCUAUGUAAAUCAGAUAGCAAGAAAGGACACUUUUUUGUCUCAUGCCAUGAUCUCUUUGAUGCUUUUUUUUGAAUGGACUUGGAUUGGACUAGCCAUCUCAGAUGAUGACCAGGGAAUUCAGUUUCUCUCAGUCACAAGAGAAGUAAUGCAAAAACAUUCAAUCUGUUCAGCUUUUGUGAAUGUGAUCCCAGAAAACAUGCAGAUAUACAUGGCAAGGGCUAACAUAUAUGAUAAACAAAUUAUGACAUCAUCAGCAAAGGUUGUUAUCAUUUAUGGUGAAAGGAACUCUACUCUAGAAGUCAGCUUUAGAAGAUGGGAAUAUUUAGGUGCACAGAAAAUCUGGAUUACAACCUCACAAUGGGAUGUUAUCACAAAUAAAAGAGUUUUCAGCCUUGAUUUCUUCCAUGGAACUGUCACUUUUGCAUACCACAAUGGCAGGAUUCCUAAAUUUAGGAAUUUUAUGCAAACAAUGAACACUUCCAAAUACCCAGUAGACAUUUCUCAGACUAUACUGGAGUGGAAUUAUUUUAAUUGUUCAAUCUUUAAGAACAGUGAUAGUGAAAUGAAUCAUUUUACAUCCAAGAACACAGAGGAAUGGUUAGCACAGCACAAAUUUGACAUGGUUCUGAGUGAAGAAGGAUACAAUUUGUAUAAUGCUGUGUAUGCUGUGGCCCACACCUACCAUGAACUCAUUCUUCAAGAAGUAGAAUCUCAGAAAAUACUAAGACACAAAGGAAGAUUCAUUAACUGUCAGCAGGUGGCUUCCUUGCUGAAAACCAGGAUAUUUAUGAACCCUGUCGGAGAACUGGUGAACAUGAAUCAAAGGGAAAAUCAGUGUGCAGAGUAUGACAUUUUCAACAUUUGGAAUUUUCCACAAGGCCUUGGAUUAAAAGUGAAAAUAGGGAGCUAUUUUUCUUGUUUCCCGCAGAGCCAACAACUUCAAAUAUCUGAAGACUUGAAGUGGGCCACAGGAGGAACAUCGCCUCAGGUCCCCACGUCCAUGUGUAGUGUUACAUGCACUGCUGGAUUCAGGAAAAUUCAUCAGAACGAGGCUGCACACUGCUGCUUUGAUUGUGCCCUGUGCCCAGAAAAUGAGGUUUCUAAUGACACAGAUAUGGAGCAAUGUGUGAGGUGUCCAGAUGAUAAGUAUGCCAACUUAGAGCAAACCUACUGUAUCCAAAGACAUGUGUCAUUUCUGGCUUAUGAAGAACCACUGGGUUUGACCCUAGGAUGCAUGGCCCUGUGCUUCUCUGCCCUCACAAUUCUAGUAUUAGUCACUUUUGUGAAGCACAAGAAUAUUCCUGUUGUGAAGGCCAAUAACUGCAUUCUCAGCUACAUCCUGCUCAUCUCUCUCAUCUUCUGUUUUCUUUGCUCAUUGCUCUUCAUUGGACAUCCCAAAAAGACCACCUGCAUCCUGCAACAGAUCACAUUUGGAAUAUUUUUCACAAUGGCAAUUUCUACAGUGUUGGCUAAAACAAUAACUGUGGUCAUGGCUUUCAAACUCACUACACCAGGAAGAAGGAUGAGACGGAUCCUGGCAUCAGGGGCACCUAACUUGAUCAUUCCCAUUUGUACACUAAUCCAACUUGUUAUCUGUGGGACCUGGUUGGCAACAUCUCCUCCCUUUAUUGACAGAGAUAUACAAUCAGAACAUGGGAAGGUCAUCAUUAUUUGCAACAAAGGCUCAGUCACUGCCUUCCACUUUGUCCUAGGAUACCUGAGGUCCUUGGCUCUGGGAAGCUUUGCUGUGGCAUUCCUGGCUAGGAAUCUUCCUGACAGAUUCAAUGAAACCAAGUUCCUAACAUUCAGCAUGCUUGUGUUCUGCAGUGUCUGGAUUACUUUCCUCCCUGUCUACCAUAGCACAAGGGGGAAGGUCAUGGUAGUUGUGGAAGUCUUCUCCAUCUUGGCUUCUAGUGCAGGGUUGCUAGGGUGUGUGUUUAUUCCAAAGUGUUAUGUUAUUUUAGUUAGACCAAAUUCAAAUUUUCUUCAGAAGUACAAAAAUAAAUUGCUUUAUUAA